AUGUCUUCGACGCCAUUAUUCGGCGUUCUGGGGGAAUUUGAUCCGUCUACCGAGUUGUUUACUGCAUAUUCGGAGAGAUUAGAGCAAUAUUUUAUCGCUAAUUCUAUCGGGCAAUGUCCUGCUGAUGCUACACAAGAAGUACUUGCGGCUGCAGACAAGAAAAAAGUCGCGGUAUUUAUUUCAGUUAUAGGAAAGAAAUCUUAUGCAACCCUUCGUGAUUUGUGCAGUCCUGAUUCACCGAAAGAUAAAAGUUUUUCUGAGCUUUGUGAAAUGUUACGUACUCAUUACAAACCGAAACGUUUGGUUGUAGCUGAAACUUAUAGAUUUCAUCGGUGUAUUCAAGAAGAAAAUGAAAAUGUUUCUGAUUACAGUGCACGUUUGCGACAUUAUGCUUCCACUUGUGACUUUGGCCAGUUCUUAAGUAACCUGAAGUUCAGGCCCUAUCACAGAAUAGGGCCUGACACAAAACCUAUCUAAAGUGUGGGAUUCCCGUCCACCUGGUGGACGGGAAAUCUGAUUGGUUGAUCAGCAUCAUGAAGGAUUUUGAUUGGUUGCCAGUUCACAUAAACAACAGUUUUAAAAAUAGCUCGGUCAAGGCGAGAAUUAAUAUAAAGGUCAAACGCACGUAACAAAUUCCAUUAUCGAUUUCUUCGAAUUUCUUUUCUUUUAUGCUUUAUGGAAGAAAAUAAAUCAAACAAACAGUAUUUUGAAAGGGCUUCAUCAAAAUCUUUGACGAAUUUUGGACACACACGACGCUGAAAGAACAGCCAAACUAGUCCUGUAUUCGAAAGCUUGUUGUUGACAGCCAAGAUGUUCUGCCAACUUGCUUCGCCGGCAAAAGUCUUAUUUUUAAUAUCAGGUCCUACCGGCGUUGUUUUCUGAGCUACAUCGCCUUCUUCGUGGUAUGAUUGAGAAUUUAAUUGUUGCUGUUAUUUAGCCCUUUAGUCGUUAGAGUAUAUCCGCGUCCAGCAAGUUGAGACCUUGAGAAAGCUUGGCAGUCAAGCCGUGCACAGAACUGACUAAUUAAAUCAUUGUUUGCUGUUCUCCUGUUCGGUUAAAUAGAGAAACUGACUCUUAAUUAUAUAAAAGUACCUUGAAUUUUUAAGUUUAAUUAAAAAGUAAAAUGCACACUCUGCGGAUAUGUUCAUGAGAAUAUAAAUUUUUUGUGUAUUUAAACGAAAUCUACAGCACUUGUCAAUCAUAUUGCAUGUUGUGUCUAAAAAUAACAUGUGGGCGUCCCACGGUCUAGACAGGUUUUGUGUCAGGCCCUAUUUCAAAUUAGGGCCUGAACUUCAGGUUAGUUCUUAAGAGGCAGUCUCUGUAAGAACCUCAUGACCUCUUUGGAUCAACAAAUAGAUUUCUCUCAAACUUUGUAGUUGAGAUUGCCUUUAUAAGGGUUGUUUCAAAAAGCAUUUUGUUUUCAGUCUAAUUGCAUUUUGGCAAAGUUCCAGGGGGGUCAAGUUGAGGGCUAAAAUUACGAUUUUUGCUGUUCUCAAUAGUGGAUUUUUGCUGAUUUUUAAACCUCUGUACAUCAAACAAAAAUAAUCAUAAAACUAAAUCUUUCCAGACAAUAGUAGCUUUAUAUGUCUUAAGUAACAAGGUAUCUAUAAAUUUUUCAAAUUUGUUUUCUAAAUAUAGAAAUGACAUCAUUCAUGAUAGACUAAAAUAGAAAUUUCCAAGUUCCUUAAAAAUGGGUGAAAUAAAAACCCUAAAAUUCAAAAGUUAGACUUGCUAUGAAUGUAAUAUUAUUUGUAUAGUGAGAUUAAAGGUUGGUCUUACAUAAUAUAAAAUAAAAUAUUGCGGCCUGUAAAUUUUGGAGGUACUACAGGCCAACAAAACAUCAACAUUUUCGACUUUCGGCAGUUUGGAGCAAAUAAGAACGUUCAUGUUUACUGUAAACUCUGCUUUGAAAGAGCAAAAUUUUACAUAUUAUUGGACCUAGAACAGUGAUGAACAUUCGUUUGACCUUUACUGUUGUCUAAAGUCUUUUAGGGAAAAGCACUGACACAGGCAUUUCCGUUAUGUAUGGACGUAAUGGACCGUAUUGUAUAAAUAAUAAACAUUUUCUAGCUGAAUAUAAUCAAGACAAGUUAUACAUUUGCAUCAUGUAAAGAUGUCCGUUAGUCAACAAAUUAUCAAACAUCGAUUUAUGUUGAAGAUUUAUUUAGAAAGUCAAGAGAAAACCUACCCCAAUAUAAUUGAUACAAAGUAUGCCUCGAUCAUAGCCUUGUCAUUCAAUGACCCCGAUUGUCAGUUGACUUAUUAUUUGACGUUCGUUAGCUGCCAUUAUUCUUUAGUGUUAAUCACUUUCGAUAUCUUAAUGAUUAUUGUAGACACAGUCUCGUAUAUAAAUCGUGAUUCUUCAUCAACAGGCAAUGCUAGUCAAUUCCUCCAUCGUUUAAUUUUACUCGUUUUGUUAUUGUUAUGGCGGAAGCCGCUGACCAGCUAAAUAAUUCGGCUGUCAAAACACGUGCAACAUGUCGAGAAUUGUUUGCUUUCACACCGAAAAUUUACCGCGAGACUAUUUCCACAGGUGAUUUUUGACUUUCUAAUUUUUGUGAAAACACAUGCAGGCUGAAAUAAAAAAUAUAUCUAAAUUUUGUAUAAUUUUACGGUUUUGAUAUUAACUUGCUUUCAUAUAAACUUGCUUGCGUGUUGCGUUAAUAUAUAAGUAACUUGUGAAUUACGCCAACGUAACGAAUUGAAAAAAUUCAAUGUCAAAAUGCUGAAAGAAAUCUGCAGCGAAUUAGAAGUACAUAUAUAUAUAUAUAUAUAUGCAAAACUUUAUUAUUAUUAUUAUUAAAGUAAUAUUUUAACAGCUUCCAUCACAUACGUGGUUUUCAGGGAGGUUCUGCAAAUAAAUUACAAUAUAGCUAAUAGUAAUACGUUAUAAUAUAUCUUUCUGAAGUAUAUGCACUAGGAAAUUACGAUGUAAAAAUUAAAAUAAGUCACUAUUAUAAUCCAAAGUUCUUGAUAUGUUUAAAAGUUAUAAGGAAAUCCUUUUUUCAAAUAGAAUUGGGUAAAUUGUUCCAAUCCUUAAAAAUGUAAUAUCUAUUUUAAUGAAAAUCUCUAUUUUAGUCUGUCUAUAUUUAGAAAAUAUAUUUUAAAAAAUUAUAGAUUCCUUGAUACUUAGGACAUACCAAGCUACUAUUGCAUGUGCGGGAGGAUACAGGUUUAUCAUGAUAUUUGUUUGAUGGAAGCAAAAUUUUCCAAGGCUGUAAAUAUCUCUAUCGUGCACAAACCCGCCCUGUACGUUUGACAGUCGAAUUAUUUGGCUGGUCAGCGGCCUCCGCCAUAACAACAACAAAAUCGAGUUAUAUAAACGAUGGACUGAUGGAGGAAUUGACUAACAUUGCCUGUUCGGACGAAGAAUCAAGAUUUAUAUACAAGACUGUGUCUACAAUAAUCAUUAAGAUAUCGAAAGUGAUUAACACUAAAGGAUAAUGGCAGCUAACGAACGUCAAAUAAUAAGUCAACUGACAAUUUGGGUCAUUAAAUGACAAGGCUGUCGAUCGAGGCAUACUUUGUAUCAAUAUAAAUAUAUUGGGGUAGGUUUUCUCUUGACUUUUUAAAUAAAUCUUCAAAAUAAAUCGAUGUUUGAUAAUUUGUUGACUAACCGACGUCUUUACAUGAUGCAAAUGUAUAACUUGUCUUGAUUAUAUUCAGCUAGAAAAUGUUUAUUAUUUAUACAAUACGGUCCAUUACGUCCAUAAAUAACGGAAAUGCCUGUGUCAGUGCUUUUCCCUAAAAGACUUUAGACAACAGUAAAGGUCAAACGAAUGUUCAUCACUGUUCUAGGUCCAAUAAUAUGUAAAAUUUUGCUCUUUCAAAGCAGAGUUUACAGUAAACAUGAACGUUCUUAUUUACUCCAAACUGCCGAAAGUCGAAAAUGUUGAUGUUUUGUUGGCCUGUAGUACCUCCAAAAUUUACAGGCCGCAAUAUUUUAUUUUAUAUUAUGUAAGACCAACCUUUAAUCUCACCAUACAAAUAAUAUUACAUUCAUAGCAAGUCUAACUUUUGAAUUUUAGGGUUUUUAUUUCACCCAUUUUUAAGGAACUUGGAAAUUUCUAUUUUAGUCUAUCAUGAAUGAUGUCAUUUCUAUAUUUAGAAAACAAAUUUGAAAAAUUUAUAGAUACUUUGUUACUUAAGACAUAUAAAGCUACUAUUGUCUGGAAAGAUUUAGUUUUAUGAUUAUUUUUGUUUGAUGUACAGAGGUUUAAAAAUCAGCAAAAAUCCACUAUUGAGAAACAGCAAAAAUCGUAAUUUUAGCCCUCCACUUGACCCCCCUGGAACUUUGCCAAAAUGCAAUUAAACUGAAAACAACCCUUAUAAAGGCAAUCUCAACUACAAAGUUUGAGAGAAAUCUAUUUCUUGAUCCAAAGAGGUCAUGAGGUUCUUACAGAGACUGCCUCUUAAAACUGGACACACGGCAAGAAUAGGAGAAAUCGCCACUGAAUGUGACGUGUUCCUUAAAAUCACUCAGAUGGAUUGACAAUCCAACGACCUGCGUGUCCAGUGAGAUGGAGGGUUCAUCAGCUGCCCGGACAGACUCAUCAGGAGAAGAGACGUCGAUUGCUACAGCAUGACAAGAGGGGGCAGUAGAGGGCGACACGUAAUCCCGCUAUGGUGCUGCCCCAUCAGUAACAGGGCCGUCUGUAGAAGCAGCGGCAGGCAAAAAAGAAGAAGGCUGAACAGGUGCCUGAGACACGACAGAACUCCUGCCAGUGGAGACAACCUCGGCCAUAGUCCUCCCAGCCGUAGCACUCCCAGCCUUAGCACCACCCGACGCUGGAGGGCACAGGCGAGCAAAAUGUCCAAAGGAACGACAGCCAAAACAAAACUUUGGUUGCCCACAAUAUUUAAUUGAGCACUUAAAAUUAGAAAUAGUGAUGUCUGGUGGAAUGGGCUUUAGGAGUGACAUAGACACUAUGCGGGUGCCAGUGCAUAUGUUGGGGAACCCCCGAACUGUUAGGUGUUGCACACUGACUACCCGACCAAAAGGCAUCAAAGAAGUUUUGAUAUAUUCAUCCGGCAUGUGAAUAGGGGCACGGUCAAUAAUGACCCUAAUGAAUUGUUCAUACGCCGGGGUUGGGGUGAUAUUAACCCCACGAAAAUCAAGACCAUUGACCUAUCUUAUAGGAGAGAGAGGUGAAUUCGAUCCGAUACUGAUGAUCAGGCAAUGCCUGAACAGCAGAGAUCCUCUCAGCCCCAAUGGCCUUGAUAAGUGAUACCCUAACUUGGGGAACCGAUUCCUUUGCAAUCAGGCGCUUAGGAAUUCGAAAGCAAGAUGAUGUUUGAUUCCAUUUUGCGGAAUCUGUUCCAGUAAAGUUAGGGGAUGACAUAGUUAAUGUUUAAUUAUAUAUACCUAUUAAGGUGUAUUAGUUAAAACCAAUAAUUAGGCCAACAGAGGUAACCCGCUGCGCCGAGUAAACACUAAAACUGACUGAUCCUUAACAAAACAGGCAGUACAACCACGGAAGGCGACCACCAUUUAUAGAGAAGAAAGAAAAGCCUGAUAUAUAUAUAUAUAUAUAUAUAUAUAUAUAUAUAUAUAUAUAUAUAUAUAUAUAUAUAUAUAUAUAUAUAUAUAUAUAUAUAUAUAUAUAUAUAUAUACUAAUACACCAAAAGUACACAGACAACCGCAAAAAGCAAAUGUGCCCAAAACCAAGCGAUUGUACCAAAAGUGUACAAACAAGCGCAAAAAGGAAGCAAAAGUACCAAAAAUAGCACCGAACAAAGGUUAAGUUAAUAUGCCCAACUAGCACAGAACCUAACAAAGAGUGAUUGCUUAAAAACCUAAGACAAUCACCAAAAACCCAGGUACAAACGACUACCCCCCCCCUAAACACGAAAGGAGCAGUGCCACAAACAGUGAUUGAACCAAUCGCUAACUACCCAGCAAAAGAAAGAAAACCAGGGAACGGACAAGAACAGCCCAAAGCUGCUGCCCGCAUCAAGGCACAGACAAAGGCCAACAAAAGACAGCCUUCCUUUGAGUGAUCCCCUAAUUAGACCACUCGACAGGAAACAACCAGAAACACACUAGUCACCACUACCUAGUAAAACACUAAAAACACUGGUACAGGCGGCCUUAAGACUGUGCUGGAUGCUGAUCACCCAGUCCCACAGCCAGGAAAACUACUUGACUACGAUCCGAAGACCGAGGCAAGCAGUCAAGAAGAAAAAAGAAGUGGAGUAGUCGCUACCUAG